UAUGUACUUUUUUUUUUACAGAUAUUUAAAAGUAAAAUCUAUUCUUCAGCAACUAAUUUGAAGGCAAUUGUUCGCGAACUUAUUUCUUCCAAACAAAGAUGCAUAUUCCAAGUUCUAAAUUCAUCUCCAAGUAAUUUAAAAUAUGAUAUCACCAAGGCUAUUGAGGAGAAUGUUUUAACAGCUUUUAGUGGGAUGUAUGAUGUAUCACUGAAUAAAUAUAAUUGUGAAUGUCGGACUGAUUUUGUUUCAACUCUAUUCUCGAUGUUUACAGCAAAUAUUUAUUUAGAUCCAUCAUCAGCCGAAAUCUUAGUCAACGCAAUACGACAUAUACCUUUGAUGGACCAAAAGAUUCAAGAUCAUACUAAAUAUGCGUUAAUGAUGCUACAUUUGGAAAGCUGCAUACAUCCCCAAAAGAAUAAUUUAAAAUCUUUGAUUGAGAUUGAUCAUGUUCCUAUCGGCUUUCCAAUGGUAGAAUAUUUCUCAAUAAAAUCUAAAUAUGAAGAUAUUAAUAGGAUGAGCGAAAACUCUGCAAAAGAUAUAACGCAAACAG